AAUAAACACUGCAAUGAAUUGAAAAUGGCGAUUUUAGAAAGCUGGGUGCAUUUCGUUUUCAGUCACUAUUCAAGGUGUUUCAAAGUAACAUAUGAUAGUGUACAUUUUAAGUGAACGUGAAAUAAAAGUUGUGUCAGUUAUUUAAAAAUUAGUGAAUUAAAAGUAAAUAAAAUGGAAAAAGAGAUUGAUUUAAAAACGGGCGAUAAAGUAUUUCAAGAUGACGUCGCUCAACAGAAUGAACAGAGAACUGUGUACGCAUGCGAUAUGACAAUGAAAACAAUCGAAGGGGAGCUUCCGCCAAAAAAACGGAAAACGCGACGCGGGAAAUCCAAACGAAGACAUCCUUAUUUAAAAAAUCAAAGAAAAUCGAAUAAAUUAGUAAAACCAGAAGCCCCACAUAACAGCAAUCAAUUUUUACUCGAAGAUCAUGCUUUAAUGGAAGGAUUGGAUAAAAAUUUGAUGUCCCCAAAUGCUUUAAGAACAAGAGAUUCAAGUUUCAGUGUUGAUUCAGAAGGAGAAUUUUAUUCUUCGCCAGAUGAUGGCCAACAGUUUUUAAUCAAAGACUUUGAUGACCAAUAUGAAAGUGUUCAAGCUGAAAGACUUCAGAGUAUGUCAAAAUCAGAAUUAAUAGAGGAAUAUCUGGCACUCGAAGAUAAGCUUGAAAAAUUAAUAAAAGGUCAACAGAAGGAAGAAGAUGAUUCGGAGGAUUCUCGAUCUGAUCUGAAGCAAGAAGUGGAACGUCUCACCUUGGAAAACGAGCGGUUGAGGCGGGAGAAUGAUAUACUACGAAGUAAAGUAAAUGAUGCAUCUGACUCCGAGGACUCUGAAACUGAUUCUAGCGAUUCUUGCAGUAGUUCAUCAAGUUCAAGUAACAGUUCUCAAAAUUCAAGCAGAUCUAGAAGUCCCAUCACCAAUGGUGAUUAUAGCAAAACAAAUGGAUUCUCUAAGAAAGAGUCAGUUAUGUAGAUUUCAUAGAACAUUAUCUUGCUCAGAUAAAAAAACACCAAGCAGACAGGCUUUCUAUAUGUAAUUCUAUCAAGUACUUAUACAUAAAAUAACUAGUUAACAUAUCUAAACACUUGAAAAAAAAACAUGAACACUCUGUUAACUGGUUAUUGUUUUGUAAAAGAAAAUAUGGUUAUUUUGAUAUUUGAAAAUGGAUAACAGUUGAAAACCUGUAGAUAUUUAGUAUAUAAGGUGGUCACAAAGUGACUGUGAUAAAAAUUUGUUGAAUAUUAUUGGUAAGAAAAUGUUGGUGGAAUUUUGGAAAAAUUUAUAUCACUUUUUUUGCAUAGAAACAAUAUAUUAUUUUUUUUAUUCGAUAUUAAUGGUCAUAUUAGGAUUGGCGAAAAGAUUUUCUAUUUGUUAAUCUUACUUGCAGAGUUCUUAUAUAAUAAUUACAGAUAUAUAAUAAUGACUAUAUGUCCUACAACCUAGAUAGAUUGUAUAUAGAGGGGGAUAUGUUAUGCUGUAUCCUCCCCAUCAAAGUUGCUCUGCUCACUGGAUCAUCUACAGGUCACCUUCUAGUUUAAAUAUUCUAAUAAACUAAGAUCAUUUCAAGGAGGUUAGAUCUUUGCUCCUAUAAGUAUUUCGUCAUCAAUAAAUCUAUGUAUGCCACCCAGUUUUUUUGUUGCUUCAAAUAGAGAUCUUUUAAUAAAGAUGCUAUGUAAUUAUUAUGUUGUUUAGGGUUUAGGGAGGAUUCAAUUUUAUUUAUUACCUUUCUUUCAGUUUUCAAGCCAUUCUCAAUAUAAAAGAAGUCUUAGGUUUACGGAUGCUAUAAUGGGACCAUUGAUCGUAUCUAAAAUAAUUGUAUUGUAUAUGAGUGUACCUGUAAUGGUGCUAUUUGAUUACAGAAAAUUUACUGUUAAUAUUAGGUGUUUGAAAAAUGGAGAACCCUAGAAGCCAUAUGUAUUUCUGACAUAAACAAAGCCUUAAAAUUUGUACGCAAAAAUAGCCCUAUUUUAGAAAUAUUAUUUAGCAGAAAAUAAAAUUUGGAAUAUAAAUUAAAAAUAAAACAACACUGUUAUAAAUUUAUAGUUAAUAUAAACACAGUUAUAUAUAUAUUAUACAACGAAAAAACAAUAUGUAUAAAUUGGGACAAAAAAAAUCAAUAGAAACAUAAUAUCAUGCGUGUAAUUGCAUAUGUAGUUGUAUCUCAAAAAGGCCACUUUUUAGGAGACUCCUUUUGUUACUUUUUCAUUAUCUUUCCUAGUGAAUGAGGCUGGAGGUUUGAUUUGUCAUGAAAUAUCAUGUUACAUAAUAUUAAUAGCUUUAAUUUAACAGAUUUGUGUUUUUUUAAGCACAUACAACUUUUUGUACCCCCGGGGGUCUGCGGACCACAGGUUGGGAAACACUGGAUUAGAUUAUCGUUGUCUGAAAACCUUCUUUGUAAUUCAGCAAUUAGUGUGUCCAACAUUUCAAAAUACUCAGGACUUAAAUGGCUCGUCGUUCUCUUCUAUGUGCCACGCGACAUGAAUGUUAUUGGGACCGCGUGCGAAUAACGUGAUGCCUCAUAUAAAUGUUAUUUAAAUGGAAUUAAAAAGAGUGCGGUCCAACGACUACAUUGCUAGUUGCGGGUUGUAUGUAGCUACCUUUUUAGGGAAUUUAUAGCCUUGUAAAUUAGGGAUAGUAAAAAUAUGACGAAAUAUGUGGAAAACGUUUAUUAUUACAGGUCGGAAGCUGAUAUAAACUUAUUACUAAAUAAAUAUUUUUGUUUUGUCAAAAUGUUUGUAACCACACUGAAGCCUUUAUCGACGAGGUAAGAUACUGUGUUUUAAUGUUGCGUUGUAACCAGAAUUUCUGAUAGCCUUGGUUGAACUUCUCCUUAAGCUCCUCGUCUGUGCUGAUGGUAAUCAACUCUUCUUCAUUGGUUUCUUCCAUGGCUGUGAUAUUGUAUGGAUUUAUUAUCAAUUUAGGAAUUUGUAAAUUUGAGAGAUCCUCAAACCUCUUAGUAAAAUCCCUGUGCAAUGUGUCUAAGUGAGUGACAUAUGAUAAAAACAUCUUGAAGCAUUUCUGGUAAUUUUGACAAAUGUCAAAACUGUAAAUAUUCUUUUCUGCUUAAAUUAUUGAUUUUGUUUUAAUUAAGUUGAGAUCGUCCCCUGCAGUUGCAAAUUAACUUUGUUCAACAUUUCAAAAAUAUCAGUCAAGUAAUAAAUAUCUGUUUUACAAUUGUUCAGAUUUUUUUUCAAAUUCAGAUCUUUUUCUUGUAAAAUCUUCAACACAGAUUCAAAAAUGGCUGAAAAUUGGUUUUCUUAGACUCUAAGGGAACCAAUUUUUUUUGUAACCCCGAGGCUUGACGUGUUAAAUAAUUUGAGUUUUAUAGUUUUACAGGGCUUAUAAAUAUCUGACUCCAUCCUUUUGUGGUUGUUAUUUUUCCAAACUUGAUUUGGACACAUUUUUUAGUGAUAUAGUUUUUCAUCAUUUCCACUUAAUAUGAAAAUAAAAUUAUUAGAAUUAAUUACUUAAUUGUAAAAGAAAAUAUGUUGAAUAUUUUCUCAAAUAUAACGAAAGACUGAUUUAAAUUAAAAUUGUAUAUAAAGCGAGGUAUUAGAAUUACAUGUAAAAGGCCUGGAUAAUAUUUGUUAAUUUUUCGAACCAAAUGCUUUACAGUUAGUAUAUUGAUUUCCACUUAGAGCAAUUUGCUGCAAGAUACGUUUUCAAUGAAAGCUGGACCAAAUACCAACCGAGUUUCUGAAUAACAGAUAAAAACCUAUAUUAAAAAAAUUAACACAUAGCCAGUUGUAUAUCAAGAGUUUAAUCGCUUCUUUUUGACAAAAAUAACUUAUGGCAGCACUUGAUUUCUUUUUUGGUACAUAUCAAAGUCACUUAUAUAUCCGAAUUGUUGACAUCCUCCUUCACAAAAAUAUUGUGGUAAUCAUUUUUUACUUCACUUAUUGUUAUUGGUCAACCCUGUUGAUUAAUAACUACAUAUACCUCAAGAUAUAUAUGUAUCAUCUGGUUGUAAAAAUGGUCAUCUCCGUAACAGAAAUUUUUUACAGGAGAGCUGAUUUUUGGUCACACCUAGGAAAAUUGAGGUGCAUCCAAAUAUCUUCCCUUCCACCUGGCGUUUAGGCCCUGGCAACAUCACCAGGCGCCAGCCCUAUUCUGGACGGCAGAAAUUUUUUUUUCUAUUUUCCUUUUCAAUUCACUCUUAAUGAUGUUUUGAUUCGCUAUUACUAUAAGACUGUUCAUUUAUAGGUGGAACAAAGUCUUUGCUAGCUAUAUUAUGACCGUUGUUAAAGUGUACUAACUCUAAUAUAGAAACAAAUAAACGAACAAGAAAAGCGAGUGAAAGUCGCAAUACAUUCUGGCAAGUGAGUGGGAAUCCAAUGGAAGUUUAUUAUGAUUUAUCACUAUAUUUGAUGGAAAUUUACACUGGUAGUUUGGAAGUGAGUUUGUUAAAGAUAUGUUCAUCAAAGCAUUUUCCAAAAGUUUUUAUUACAAUCAUUAAUUAUACCAAAUAGGGGAGACUGGGUCUUUUUAAUUUGUGUCCAUUCAUGUAUCAAAUUCGCAAAUUAAAUUUUUUAAAAAGUUGUGGAUGUGUGUGGAGCACAGUUUAAGAAACGCUGGCUUAUAUUCAAAACAAAUUCAAAACAAAUAACAACAAUGCGUAAAUACUCACCAAUAGCCGCAAGAUGUAACUAAAAACAUCACUUAUCCACAAUUAUUUGCCGUUAGCAAAAAAUCUCACAGAAAUAUUUACUUAAAUGACUCGAAAACAAUUUUUUCGUAUUACAGCCACAAAGCACAGCCGAUUUACUGCAGACUAGAAUACAGCUAUGAAGAGUAAAUAGACUUGCCAAUUAAGUUCAUAUGGAUUGACAGAUGGAGACACUGGUUUUAAAUUUAAAUCGUUUCAAGGUACAAUAUGACCAAGGUACAACAGUCUCCCCUAUACAUUGACGUGAAUUAAAUACAUCUUAUGUCACAAAAAACGGAUGAAUUACCUAAAAUUCAAACCUAAUUCAAGUAUUUGUCCUGGUCCAGCCUUAUUCAAUUCAUAGAUUUCCAAAUUUCAUAACUAAAAAUUUGAUUUAUACAGUUAUGUAGCAAUGGGUUAGAGAAAAAAACCGAAUGUUAUUAGUUGGUAGAAAGUUUCAUUUUUCUUUCAGUUAUUAAGAAUUAUAACUUUGGUUACACUGGUUUGUAUCCAUUUUGUAUUUAGUUUAAACAACAAAAUUAUUAUCUUUUUUGCAUUUAUAUAAUUUAUAAUUUUCUUAGAGACCUGAGCAUCACAUUGUCCUCGAUUUUUUUUUAUUCGUAAAUUAAGUUAUGAAUGGACUCAUUUUUUGUUAUUGUACUUUCAUCAACUUCUUUGUAGUUGUACAUUUAAAUAUCCAGUUUGAUGUUUCCCCCUUUUCUGAAAACAAAUAUGAAUAAGAUCAGAUUUAUCAAUUGGAAAAUUGAAAAUACUUUUCUAAUGUGCGUUUUCAGAAGUUGAUGAAAAUAUAUCUAUCGAAUCUUUUAUAUAAGUUCUAAAGAUUAUAGGCCUUUGCCAGAUUUAUUUAUUUCCUUUGUGAAUUAAUUUAAUUUUUUAUAAUAACGUUUUGUAGAUAUUUGAAUAGAGUUAUGUGAGUUGUUGAUAAGUUCUAAUAAUAAAAAUUGAUAGUUUUAA